AGGUUGAGAAAAUUUAAAUAACUGGUAAAUCCAGAAAAAAUGCCAACAUCAGCUAAAACAGGGCUAAAAACAAAAAAAAGAAGGGCUGAAAGAGCUAAGUCGAAAUUAUUCAGAGCAAGACUUCUACAAAUUGAGGAAUAAAAGCUCAUCCACCUCUUUGGAACUAGAUUUGGUCACACUGGCAAGGGGUGAGUCCAGACCAGAAGCUACGUACAAUGUCUUUUAGCGUUGACUCGAGUCCAGACUUGUCACGAUAUUUUUUCGUGUUUUUAAUGGGAUUUCUUUAGAAUACGGGCUUUACUCCAUUGAGAAUUGACCAUAACAGAAAUCAGCCUUUGAAGGCUAUAAUAUUAAUAUUGCGGCGUGGAACAUGUUGAAAAGAAAAAGUUGAAGUGUAAGAUUGUUUGAAUCAAAUAUCGUGAAGACCCACCUUCUUAAUUUGAAAACGACCUAAGAUGGCUAAAUAUUUCGAAAUAAUGUUUCUGUGUAUGAGAGAAAAACAAAAUUAGAAGUCUGCAUUUGAGUAUGGACUUAAUCCAAAAUUAGAACCACCGAGUGUACCUGAGAAGAAUUUUAACACUGGCUGUCAAAAAUAAAGUGAUGGACGAAAUGCAAGAUAUAAAUAACACCAAUCGAAAUGUGGAGUUUUCGUACAUGUUUGUAUAAAAUGAUAGACAAAGAAAGUAACUACCGAAUUAUUUGCCACGAAGCAUGUCAGAAAUAGAUAAAGGAAAUACUGCUGUGAGCCCUCGGGCCCAGAACUUACUUGUUGGAUCGAUAUCGAGAUUCCUCUUAUGCCUUUGUUGUUUCAACGAACGAUUCCUCCACACCGGCGAAAUGAGUUCGGAUUGGGAGACCCAAGAAUUGAAGUUAAGGCGGAAAAACGCGGAUCUAGAUCGACAACGAGCUUCGGUCAUCUCUGAUAGAGGAACUACGUCAGAUUAUCCCUCGAUAAGCGACAUAACUCGCUCAAAGAUUCCCAUCAAAGUUGAACUUCGAGCUAAAAAACCGCAGGGACCCCAUGCACAUACCGAGGGCCCCGAUAGCCAAAACCUUUAUGCUCAAUGUAUGGUUCAAUUGAAGACUCGAAACGAGGAAAACGCCAAAUUAAGGAAAGAAUUGGACGAUUGUCGCAAAGAGCUUCGCAAUUUGAGCUCAAAUCAAGUAGAAACACACAAAACGGCUCAAGUUUUGCAAGAUCAGGCCCUCAAACUAGCUUCAAAUGAGAUCAUAGAGCUUAAGCGUGAAAAUCAAGUUCUCCAAAAAGAUCUCCAAGUUGCAAAGGAUGCAGACUUGAAGUCGAAGAGUCACAUAGAGAAAAUAUCGUUAGAGGUCAGACGAUUAUCAGCUGUGAACCAAGAUUUGGAAUAUCAACUCAAGGACUGUCAAGUUUCAUCAAAGAAAGAACAAAAGGCAUCGCUUCACCAAAUGAGUGAGAAAGAUAAGCAAAUCAAAACUUUGUUCAAAGCAAUUCAAAAACAGUCCGAGCUGAUUCAUGUCUUGAAGCAACAACGACUUCAUUUGGAGGCCUUGAAGGUUUUAGAAUUCAGUGAGGAAGAAUUUCUUGAGACGUUGGAUUGGCCAAAGGUGGAUGCGAAACGAGAAAACUCACCAUAAAGUUCACUUUGGAGAUUCAAGAAAAUCACGGAUCCUUGGAAAAUAUUACAAACCCAUUUUUGUAUUCAGAUAGCAAUCAAAUUAAAACCGAACCCUCCUUUGCCUCUCAUAUAAGGAAACAUCAUCAAA